CCCGCUGUCUACCCGUGCCCAGCCGUAAUAGAUGCCAGUGAUGAUAUCAGCAGGCAGACUGUCCACCACUGACUCUGGAAAGUUUGCUGUGGGAUCCUGGGAGUUCUUCUAUAAACAUGCAAUUAAGAAGAAUCACAUGGUGGCUGUUUACUGGAGGUCUGCUCUUCAUGCUCAUACUUUUCAGGGUUACCCAUAAAAAAAAGAAGACAGCCCACCGCAGUUGGCUGGACUUCAGAGAUAACGAAACUGCAGAAGAUGUCUGUGACUGCGAGAUGAUUUUAAAUGGAGACGCUGAUGAAAUUGAACUCAGCAAGAUAUUGACCAUCACAAAAAGCUUUAAAAACCACACAUACAUACCUGAUGCACAGUACAUCGAGCUUACAAAUAACUGCGAAAAGUACCGUAGGUCUCGUAAAUACCUUUCAGUCCCACUGAGUACGGAGGAAAAAGCAUUCUCAGUGGCGUAUUCUAUUGUAGUCCACCACAAAGUGCAGAAUUUUGAGCGGCUUUUGAGGUCUAUAUACACUCCUCAGAACUUCUACUGUGUCCAUGUGGAUAAAAAAGCCCCCAUGUCCGUUAUGACAGGGAUAAGUGGCAUUGUUUCUUGCUUUGAUAACGUUUUCUUGGUCAGUAGGCGUGAACGUGUUUACUAUGCCAGCUGGAGUCGCGUGCAGGCCGACAUCAACUGCAUGAAGGAUCUUUACCAGGUCAGCAACCACUGGAAGUACUUCAUCAACUUGUGUGGGCAGGAUUUCCCAAUCAAAACCAACCUAGAAAUAGUGCGUGCCCUUAAAGCACUGGCAGGUGCCAACAGUUUAGAGACUGAGACCAUGCCCUCUAGUAAAAAUCACAGAUGGAUGAAAAAGCACCGUUUGAUAAAUGGCAUAAUCAGGGCAACCAACCUUAACAAAGAGCCACCACCUUUUACCCUAAAAAUAUUUUCCGGUGGCGCUUAUAUUGUUGUGAGCCGGGAAUUUGUACGGUUUGUGCUUGAAGACCCCAAUGCUCAAAUGCUAAUGGAGUGGGCAAAUGAUACCUACAGCCCAGAUGAGCUUCUGUGGGCCACACUCCAGCGCAUACCUGGUGUUCCGGGUUUCCUGCGACCGCAUUCAAAAUAUGACAUCUCAGACAUUCACAGCAUCUCCCGGCUAGUCAAGUGGGGACCCCAUGAGCUGGGAUUCGAUGCAGUUUACCCUCGUUGUCAUGGCAUUCAUAUCCGAAAUAUUUGUGUGUAUGGGGCAGGGGAUUUACAGUGGAUUCUAGAGCAGCACCAUUUAUUUGCAAAUAAGUUUGACACAGACGUCGACCCAAUUGCCAUCAGAUGUUUAGAAAGGUAUCUCCGACACAAGGCCCUGAAAAUGCAACAAUAAAAUACAGACUUUGUCCUUAUUUAGAAUUAAGGUAGGUAAAAUGAAAAUUGAGAACAGUGCAAGGUCAUAAUCAUAAUAUCCUCCAAUACUCAUAUAUGCUCAAAAUGCCCCUCCAAUAUACUGACAUAAAAAUGGAGGAGGAUUGCCGGGAACUGUACAUCGGGGAAACUAAACAGCCACUGGCGAAAUGGAUGGCCCAACAUAGAAGAUCGACCUCUUCUGGCCAGGAACAAAAUGUAUCUCUACAACAAACUUGUGUCCAGAUGAACUGAUUCAACUUUGUGGAUACAUUCACAAGCUUUGCGUAAUGUCAGGACCCGUCAGUGUUGAUAUGGCAGGAAUGUUUUAGAAUGGCAGGAAAUGGUUAGAUCAUGAGUCCCAUGAACAAAGCUGGUGAUACCCAGUACCAGUACUUGGAGGUGCUACUCAGCAAACCAAAUUAAAAUGAAAAAAGUAGCCGAUAAUAUGCGCUCUACAAUUUUUGUUAUAUCUUAAUAUAUCUAAAAUAAUUACAUUAUAAAAUAAUAUAACAAAAUAUUAAUCUCCAAAGAAAAACAUUUUUCUGUAAAUCGAUCAUUUGUAAUUAUGAAGUAUCAUAUAUGCAGUUCUAUUAUUAUUUUUACAAAUAUGGAAUUUAUCAUGUUUUACAUAAAAAAUAAUAAUUUGUGUUUAUAUAUAAUAAAACACUGAGCAAAAAACAAACAAGAAUCCAUCCCAUUAAAGUUUGGUUACCCACCACCUGACCGGGUGCUCAACAUACACAGUUGGGUGUGUUUGAGGAAGAGAAGGAUCGAAGGAGAAUUGCCAUAGUAUGAGCGGUGGAUGAAUAUGGAGAGUGUAUAGUGUGGUCCUCUGGACAUGCUUUCUGUAAGAAGUCAUAUCAGCUGCUUUAUAUGUGUCAGUGAACACGUGUGUUGUUCCUGUCCAGCAAAAAAAAGAAACUUUGAGAGCUCCCCAACAUAAAAAAUAGAAAAAAGAAAGUAAUAUCCAUAACUUGACUGGAAGUCUGUAUAAAAUAACUUAGUUAAGCCCAUUGUCUGCCAAACAACCACAUAGCAACAAAGCCAUAUGGCAAAUAUUAAAGUUUAUAAGUAGCUAGUUAGCCAAUUAUAAUUACAAAACAGGACAUUUUUAUUUAUUAGGAUUUUAACAUCAUGUUUUACUCACUUUGGUUACAUUCAUGACAGGACAGGUAGUUACUGGUUACACAAGAUUCAUUAGUUCAAGCUUGUAAUUUUGUAUCUCCAAUUCACCACAAUCGCAUGUCAGACCGCUCCACCUGGGAAACAAACCCAAGAUCUUCUUGCUGUGAGGAAACAGUGCUGCCCACCAAGCCAACGUUCUGCCCCAUAAGGAAUUACAAGGAAUUUUUGCAACAACAAAUGAUCACGGUCGUGUUUAUACCGUAGUUUGGUUUUCUUGGUCUGGACCAAACAAGAAAAUGAUACAUUGUUACAUUUUAGGUUUGCUUAGCAAUCACACUCACAAAUUUACAAGUGAUGUAUGACGCAUGUAUGUUGUAUAUUUCGCAAGCCAUAACAGUUUCACAAGAAUAAACCAUGAUUGGCUUAAUGCA